AGUGCGUCUCACUCUGUCGUUAAUUAUUUAUAUUUCUUUGUCUCUCACUUUGACGUUUGUGGUGGGGCGCUGUCAGUUUCAAGGAUGCUACGCUAAUAUUGAUUUUCUACUUUCGGAGGUUAUUAAAGCAAAAACGGCCAAAACGUUAAUAACAAUAAUGUGUGAGUGUUCGCUUAAUCGUCAUGUUUUUCAGUAAUUUAUGUAAAAAUGUCGUCAGGAGUACGAUGUAAACUACAUUCUGACGGUAGUGUGUGUUUAAAAGAUAUUUUAGAGUCCUUCCAUUCGCCAAUUCGAGAAGAACAUGCGUGGGCGCUCUGCUAUCAGAGCUGUAAAUUCUACGAAGGUUUGCUAGGAACCAAUAAUCACGAAAAUUAUCUUUCCUUAACAACCCUUCAUCACCUCUUCUUACAAACCGAUGGAAAUGUUCACCCGAAUACGCUGUUUGGCGGCAGCAACGCUAGCGCGGGCGCUCCACGAAAGAAACUCAACGACGAGCAGCAUUUUAUUAAAGGUUUGGGACUAGUUAUUUAUCAAGCGUUGGAUCAUGAUAGUACCGACGGCGAAGAAAGGGCCAUCAGCCACGACUUGGAGCAGCUCAUUACGGAUAUGAUAACGGAUGGAAGAGUACCUGAGGUACAUCACGAAACUGAUGAUGAGGGAAUCGAAAAUGACACGGAAGAAGGUGAAGAUCUUGCGGAGAGUCCCAAGAGAAAUAUAAGGCACAUAAUGAGAAUGUGCGAGAAACAUCUGCCGAUACUUACUAAACCCCAAGUUGAAGCUCACUAUAAAGCUGUGGUACGCGCACUCGUCUCCGAAGGCCUCGAACUUUCGUCAUUCCUCGAAAAGGUCGCUACGGACAGUGUGAAUUCGUCUGGUUUGGAACAGUUGCAGUUCGCAGAUUGGGCACGGUUUUGGAUGCAGGUCGUUGCCGAAUUACGGUUGGGAGUAAAACUCAGGAAGGUGCAGUACAGUAGGGCUCCGAUCGAAUACGAACUCACGCCCUAUGAAAUUAUGAUGAAAGACAUUCGCGCGUGUCGCUAUAAUUUAAAGAAAAUUAUGGUGAACGGUGAUAUUCCGUAUAAGGUGACCAAAGAUGCGCACGCGAUAAUACUUGAAUUUAUAAGAUCGCGCCCGCCAUUAAAGAAGGCUUCUCAUCGCAAACUACCUCCUCGGGUGUACACGCUCACACCCCGCGAACAACUCAUGAACUCCAUUAGAAAGGGGCGUCAGUUGCGUCCGGUUAAGAAAGGGCCUACGCGUAAGUUAAUAAAAAUCGAUUUUUCGCAAUUGCAAGAUGAAGAUGAUGACGAGGACGAACCAAUGGUGAGCAACAAUUCGGAUACGGAGCCUCCAAAUUUGUGGGUGUAUGAGGAAUGCAACCCGUUAAGCGAAUCGACAUUGGACGCAUACGAUUUAGCAACCCAAGAUUUUGAAUCUCGUUAUCAGAGCCGUCGUCACUCGUUGGGUGUGGUCGAACACAUGUGGGGAAGCCAGUCUGUCCCGCAAUCGAGGCCAGGUUCCCGUCAAUCCUGUAACAGCUCCGAAGCAGAUUCUAUACCGCCGGAAAUGUCGACGUCAUUGCAGGAUCAUUUAAUCGCAAGUGGGAAAUGUUGGCCCGAGGGUAUGUCUUUGGAGGACAGGCUCUCUCUUACGCUUGAGGAAAUUGUUCAUAUCAGAUCUGUUCUGACCAAAGCCGAAUUGGAAGCUCUGCCAGUCGAAGGGAGGGUUCGUGGUGAUGUAGAAAAUCGUAAAGUAUGUUUUUUAUGUUUGAAAACACGUUUUGGAAUUUUCGGUCCUUGGGGCCAACGUUGCAUUAUUUGCAAAAGGACUGUUUGUUUUCGUUGCUAUUCAAAAAUGAACAUACCCAUGGAGCAAUUCGCUGGAGUACCCGUUGCUCUACUUAGUCCUAGCAUAUUGGCCACGCCGGAGGAAGACCAUCGUAGUGAAAGUAGCAGUAGUAGAGUGACACCUGAUCCGGAUACAGAAGAUGAUCAUGGUCUUAGCCCAAAUUGUUCCGAUGGGAGCAUCGCGUCAAGAUUAAGUGAGGGCAGUGCGCUAAAAAGGUUUAAAACCAAGGCGAACGCCGUAGGUAAGGCCGCCGGUAUGGUGGAUAAAUUUAAAGGAUCUCAACUAGUCGUCUGUCACGAUUGUAAAAUGAUGUUGCAACAAAUCAUUAAAUCGGCUCGUACAAAUCGAACUGCCAUUCGGAAUAAAACCAUACAAAAUCUCUCUUUAAAUUUGUCUCCGGUAUUCUAAAAGGGCACAUAUUUAGAUUAGUAAUUCGUUCAAAUUUCGUUCUCACGCUAUAUACGCUUGAUGUUCAAAUAUGUGAUGUUAAGUUAGAAAAUAUAUCGUCUCAAUUUAUCGUGAUAUGUCACUGUUUUCUUGUGUAGGUAGUCCUUAUAUGUACAUAACUCUAUAUUUUGUAAAUGUGUUUUCAUUAAUUUAAUUUUAUUUUCGUAACGGAAAUAUAUAUUUAUUGUAUUUAGAAAUUGUUAAUAAGAUGAAAUAUGUUGAGCAUGCAAAAUAAGCUGAUAGAUUUAUUUUACGUUAUUCACCUAUCCCUUGAUUUUCAUAAAGAGUUAAUAGUAUUUCAAUAAUUCCUAUUUCAAUAUUAUUAUGAAAUUAUUGUAAGAAAAGAUAUAUGUAGGGAAAGGUGAAACUUAAUAAAAUUUAUGACAAUC